AUAUACUUCAUGAAUUGAUAUUCCUCCUACCACCUUAUUCAUUUUUUCUCCACUAAAAAAAUAUGGACAUUCUUAGUCCUACACUAUUACUCUCCUUUCUCUUCCUCUUCCUUCAACCACCAAUCACGGCGGCCAACUCCGCCGUGUACACAUCUAAAACCACUUUUUUUUCCGACUACGAAAAAAUGAUGACUAACCUUAAAAUCUUCAUUUACCCAACACCUAACCACCAGCAAUACGACUCAACUCCUUUCUCUCUUCUUCAUAACUCUCUUUUAGCAUCUAACUUCCUUACUCACAACCCUAACCAAGCUACUCUCUUCUUCCUACCUUUCCCUCCUUUAUCCACGCGCUCCCUCGACCGCCACAUCCAGCUCAUCCGAACGUCAUUCCCUUACUGGAACCGUUCUCUUGGGGCUGACCAUUUUUACUUUUCUUGCCAAGGGGUUGGUCCUAGCUCUAGUCGAAACGUGGUUGAGUUAAAGAAGAAUGCUAUUCAGAUCGCGUGUUUUCCUGUACCCGCGCGUGAGUUUAUCCCUCACAAAGAUGUCACCCUCCCUUCAUUCUCCCUUCUACCACGCGCGGUACAAAAUGAGGGUGUUCCCACGCGCUUAUUAGGGUAUUGGAGCUUUGCUGAGGUUCAAUCAAGUGUAGAGUUGAUCAAUGGGUUCAGAAACGAUGGUGAGUUUUUGAUCGAAUUUGAGCCGUCGGAUGAAGGGAUGUAUGUGGAAAGGGUUCAAAAUAGUAAGUUUUGUUUGUUUGUUUAUGAUGUUGAAGGGUUGGAACGAUUGAGUGUGGCAUUAGCACAAGGAUGUGUUCCCGUGGUAAUUACAAACCGUCCAAUGCAAGAUCUACCGUUAAUAGAUGUUAUUAAAUGGUCAGAAAUUGCAGUGUUUGUGAGUUCGAAUAUGGGGUCAAUUGAAUUAAAAAAGGCGUUGAUUCACACGUGCGAAGAUGGGACGUAUGAGAAGAUGAGGCAAUUGGGUGUAGCGGUGACACAACAUUUUGCAUGGAAUGAGUCGUCACCAAAGCCAUACGAUGCGUUUCAUAUGGUGAUGUAUCAACUAUGGGUUAGAAGACAUAGCAUUAGAUAUUCUAAGUGGAAGAUAAUGUGAGUAAACGGCGACUGUAUGAUGUGACCAUGAAUCAUGAAUUCAUGAUCAUAUAUUUUACCAAACCCCUUAAUUAAUUGUUAUUAAUUAUAAUUAAUUAGUUUGGUGGAGUAUUGUUUGAUUUGUUGUUGGUUGUGGAAUAUUCUAGGGUAGAAGAAUAAUGGGGUGGAGAAAUAGCUUAGGCAUGUGGUGAUGGUAUAGAUUGGCUAUAAAGGUUACCUUUGCAUUUGAAUUUUCUUUUGAAUGGCCUAAUCUAUACUUCUUUAAAAGCAAUUGGUACGCUAAACACGUCUCACCAAGUCAAUUUAAAUUAAAAUGUUUUAGUUGCACUAUCCACCAUAUAUACAUUUUAGUUUUUGUUUGAUGAUCUAUUGGUUACUAGCUAUAGCCUAUAUAUGUGUAUUUUCAAAUAUUUCCCUCACA